AUGAUCGUCGCAUCAUUUACAAUGAGCUCUAUAAGAUACUGUAUCGUAUGGGCUACGGGAAUAAUUACCAUAGUCGCUUCUCAAAGCCUGCCAUAUAAUCCGACAUCUAUUCUUCACGAUCCGAUAAAUAAAAAUAUCGCAUACAUUUUCCAGCACAAUGCAGAUUCUAGCGCUCAUCAAUUGGACACUCUCGAUUUGUCUUCAACACUAUCCGCAUCAAAUAUAACUUUCAGCGUCACAUCCCCCGACCUUCCAUUCACGAGCGGAAAUAAUGCUGCCUUUACACCUUUCAUCUCCGACACUGGUGAUAUCACUGUUUAUACGGGAUCCUGCCAGUCAACCAACUCUUCGGCGUUGUGGACUUUGACAAACCCCAACUUGGAUUCCAAAAAUCGCGGGAGAUGGACUCAAAGUACAACUCAUGCAGCAGCCGAUAUGAUGUCAGCCUCCCUCCCUGGAGCUUACUAUCUUUCAAAAGCAUUUUCUUUCUCCCCCUUAGUCGACAGCAAUUCAUCAGAGACCAAUUUUUAUUUGUUUGGUGGAAUGUGCCCUAAAUCUGGUAGCACUACUACAAACUGGCAAACAUCAGCUCGAUACUCAAAUAGUAUGCUGCGCUUAUCACCUCAAUCCGACAUGAACUAUACCCUCGAAGUCACCUCUGGCCGAAGCUCUCCAGUCGCAGAAGCUGGCUUCUCUUUGACCGGUUUAACUCCAACAUUUUCAAAUAAUUCUAAUGUUCGAAUCCAGCAGAAAAAUUUUAUGGUAAUUGGAGGUCAUACACCCACGGCAUUUAUAAGUAUGAGCCAGGUAGCCAUUUGGAGUUUGCCUGAGGAAGCAUGGAAUUUCGUUAAAGUUGAAAUGCCAUCGACAGCACAGCCCAGUUCCGAAAUUGCCGUCGAUGGUAGCACAAACACUAUCGAUAGUCGAUCAGGCCACUCUGCUGUGCUAACUGAAGACGGAACCAAAGUAAUCAUAUAUGGAGGGUGGGUAGGGGAUGUCAGCCAAGCUGCGGAACCACAACUCGCCAUAUUGCAUUUAGGCACCGGCUACGGGGGAUCGGGUCACUGGGAGUGGUCAGUUCCGGCUGACCAGCCUUCAGGUGGUGGAAUUUACGGCCAUGGAGCAACAAUGCUACCUGGAAAUGUGAUGAUGAUACUUGGAGGCUACGACGUCGGUCCUGUAAAAAGAGACGAGGAAUCAGGGAUUAAAGCAAUGUUUUUUAAUGCCACAAGUCAAACUUGGUCUACUAACUACAGUAAUCCUGAAUACCUACCGAAGGAAGAAUUCCACCAAAGCUCGCCCUCAUCUUUGGGCGUAAGGAUCGCUGUGGGCUUGAGCCUCGCGGCAGUAGCUGCGUCGGUCUUACUGUGUGUGGGAUAUAAACGGCAUCAGAAGCACAAAGACUCGAGAGACGGCAACAUAAGAGAUCUCAGUGCAAUAGCCUCCAGUUCACACAGGGGUCCCGAUCAAGAGAUGCGAUCAUCUAGUGAUGUUUUCCCCUGGUCACACAGAAGUUCAAAUCGAGAUGCAGAGGAUGAGUUUGACGAAAAUCACUCCGAUUCUAAUCGCACACGAUACGAGCAUUUUAAUCCAGGAGUACAUGGAAAUGAAGAUUCACCGUAUAUCCUUCCACCGCCUUCCAAGCAAAUCACGCCCAUCCCCUCAUACUCAAGGCUGCGUGGAAGUUACCAACCUGCCAAUCACGAAGUAGGAAAUCUGGGAAUUGGGCAUGGAACUGCCGGUGCUAUACAUCCAAUAUAUGAGGCCGAUGAAAACGAUGAAGAAGACGAAAACGCGGGAGACUUAGGGCUCGUCGCGGGACAGCCCUUCACGUCUCGAGACCAACAAAAUACUAAACGCCACUCAGAUCCUUUCAAAGACCCUCUAAACCAACGGGUCUCUAACAGUCGGCAGAGUAUGACGCGCAGUGUUCAAACUCCGGACUCUGACACCGCGGCUCGGGAACAAGAAAUUCAGGAUUGGGUUUCUGAGUGGGCCGCAGCUGAUGUAAUAAUGAGCUCUCAAACAAGAUCGCAUUCCUCUAUAGGCCAGGUAUCUCCCACGCGACAGGCGACUGUUGUAACGGCAAACAGUCCCGACUCAGUUGCUGGCGAAGAGGAUGGAAGAUCAAUAAGUAAUCUAAGCGAACAGACAGAGAAAAGCCUCGCGCAAUCCAAUGUCGUAUCGGGUAGCAUAAAUUCACAACAUUCUCGUGAAAAUUCUGUUCGAAGUUUUGGCGCGACAGUAACAAACCCUUUUGGGACGAGCCACAAUCACUCCCUCACUAAACUUGGUAGCGGCAUCACCCUAUCACCCCCCACCUUGAAUCGUUCGUUAUCACCCCUACCGCCCGCACUUAGAGUCGCUCCUGGAAGCUCACACAGUAGUCGUUCUGGAAAGAGCUUCCGAUCAGCGCAAACAUCGGUGUUACCUCCUACUAACGAAGAUGAGCACUUACUUCCUCUCCCAUCUGAAAGACCUAUGAUUGGAAGCUUAGACACCACUGAAGACCAGUAUCUUUCAUCCGGUAGCCCCUCCAAGCUGAAGGCUAAUGGGCUGGGGAAGCGAAAUACCGGUUGGCUAGGCAGUCUGAGGAAAGUUUUUGUCGCAGCACCUGACCACGACUUGUUCAACCCAAAUGGGAGUGAUCCUAGGCUCCAAGGCACUGAGAACUACUCUACACCACCGCUUCCUGAAUCUAUUCCUGGUAGGGAUUCCCAUCGGCCCGCCAGUUCUAGUGGAACAUUGUGGCGACGAAAGCAGGGUCGCGGAGAUGGCGACGACUAUCAUCCCGACAUGCCGGCGGCGGCUUCUGGCCGCUCCUAUAUAUCUAACGAAAUUACUUCUAAUCUCUUACACCAGGACGGAAAUGAGGACGAUGAUGACGGCGAUGAUCAGAGUUCAGCUGAGAAGCGGCUUGUCAAGGUUAUGUUUAGUGUACCGAAGGAAAAGCUACGUAUAGUCAAUCAGGAUGAGCAGGGGAGUAGCAAGGAAGACGAUGACGACUCAAAAUGGGAUACCACCACAAGUCUGAGCGAACGAAGGCACAGCGUUCAGAAUUUGACAAUCGAGGAAGAGCCUUUUAAUGAGGAAUCAUUAGUGGUCGAACCGCCAAAGGACUACCGAGAGGAGGGCGUUGUCAGCAAAAACAAGGGCAAGGAAAAGGUUGGCGGCUACAGUCGCCCUUUCGUCACCGUUUACCAGCCUCUUAUAGAAGACUAUGAGGAUGGAGACCUCUCGAUUGCAAGAGACGAAGAUAAACCAACACGGAUAGGCCGAGACCGUAGUCCCGUAUCUUCCGGCUCCAAAGCGAGUAGUCGUAAGAGUCGCGUUCUGGAGAUUGUCGAACGUAUGGAAGCCCUUUCGUGA